AUGUCUCAACAAGUCUGCCGAAACUGGUUGUCUGGCAAUUGCCGUUACGGCACCAGCUGCCGGUUCCAGCACCCACCACGGGGCUCGCAAGGCGGUUUUGGAGGUUUCUCAGCCGCCAACUCGCAGCCACUAGGCCAGCGCAUGGCGGCUGCAGGCCAGUCAAAGUACCAGUUCAACGACGACACGAUCCGCCUCGAGCUGAGCGCCGAGCGACCGCAAUGGCCCGCCUCCGUCUUCGGUGUGGCCAAGUACGAGCCCAACGUCCUCGGAACCGACGUCUCUCCUGAAGAGCUUCGCUGGAAGUCUGUCCAAGCCCUCAAGGCAAACAACGUGCAGUCGUAUGUGCAAGAAGAAGCCAAGAUCCUCGGCGACGCAAAGGCAGUACUCGACAAUGCGCAGAGCAACAUAUCGCAAGUAACUAAAACCGCGGAGCGACUGCACGACGCGCGUUUCAAGGACGGGCAGGCUCCAGGCGGUCCGCGACCACCCGACUUCAACGAGGCUGCCGUGCUCUCUAACACUGGAGGGAGCGGCUUUGGCCAGAGUGCCUUUAGCGGAGGGAGUGGGAGUGGGAGCGGCUUUGGUGGAGGAACCGGCUUUGGUGGGAAUACCGCAGCUGCUCCAAGUGCCUUUGGCAACUCAAGCUUCGGCCAGAAGCCAGCCGGGAGUGCGUUCGGCGCGCCGGCCGCUGGCAAGAGCGCAUUUGGGAGCAGCUCGUUUGGGUCCAACUCUGGCUCUGGCACGUUUGGCACUCCAGCAGCGGGGAGCGCGUUCGGCGCGGCCAACGCGGGAGGAAGCGCUUUUGGGCAGAGCUCGUUCGGACAGAAGCCGGCCGGCUCAUCAUUCGGGAACAGCGCGUUUGGCUCCAGUCCGUCAAUCAGCGCGUUUGGCUCGAGUGCGCAGGCUGGCUCUGGAUUCGGCUCGACCUCGACUCCUCAAACUGGGUCAGCGUUCGGACAGAGCACAUUUGGGCAAAAGCCUGCCGGGAGCGCGUUCGGCCAGAGCUCGUUCGGCCAGAACAACACGCAGGCCACCGGCUUCGGCGCAUCGACCACGGCCCCAGCUCCUGGCUCCGGCUUCGGCCAGAGCGCAUUCGGUAAGCCUGCGACUGUGACCACGGCUCCAGCCACUGGAGCAGGGUUCGGCCAGAGCGCGUUCGGUCAGUCGACACAGAGCUCGGCGUUCGGCCAGAGUUCGUUUGGCAAGCCGGCCACCGGCGCUUUUGGGAGCAACGCCUCAGGCGGAUUUGCGGCCAACACUGGCGGCUUUGGCAGCAACACCGCGGCCCUGGCUACUGGAUUCGGCAGUACCACUACGCCAGCGGCUGGUAGCGGCUUCGGGGGCAAUAACACCACCGCUCCAGCCGCCACUAGCGCGUUUGGGAGCACCAACACGGCCGCUCCAGCCGCCGGCAGCGCCUUUGGCCAGUCAGGAUUCGGCAAGCCUGCCACCACGAGCGCCUUCGGCCAGUCUGCGUUCGGCCAGUCCUCUGCAUCUGCGCAGCCGCAGUCUGCGUUCGACCAGUCCUCCACAACGGCGCAGCCAUCGGCUUUCGGUCAACCCUCGCAGCCCCAGUCCACCUUUGGGCAGCCCCCCACCCAGUCGGCGACGUCGGCCUUUGGCCAGCCCUCGCAGCCCCAAUCCGCGUUUGGGCAGAGCGCGUUUGGCAAGCCCGCCACCUCGGCGUUUGGCGCCUCUACCAGUAGCUCCACGCCGGCCGCCACGACAAGUGCGUUUGGCUCCACGCCGGCCGCGACAGCAAGUGCGUUUGGCUCCACGCCGGCCGCGACAACAAGUGCGUUUGGCUCCACGCCGGCCGCGACAACAAGUGCGUUCGGCUCCACGCCGGCCGCCACGACAAGCGCGUUCGGCUCCACUGCGCCUACUACAAGCGCCUUUGGUGCAUCGGCACCUGCCACAAGCGCAUUUGGCCAGCCCUCAACGUCCACCACCAACAGUGCAUUCGGCCAGCCGGCGGCCUCUGCGUCCACCACCAGCGCCUUCGGGCAACCCAAACCGACUGGGGCUAGUGCGUUCGGCGCAUCAUCGGCAUUUGGCACCCCAGCCUCCGCCCCUGCCUUCAGCGGCUUCGGCAAGUCUGCCCAGACAACGAGCUCAGGCCCAGCCGGCUGGAGCUGGGACGACCCCUGGUCCGCCUUCCUACCGGGUGGGGAGGGCGCGCUCGACGACGCGCUCGACGCAGCAUUCAAGGCCGUGUCGUUCGAGCUGGACGCGAUUCCACUCGUACCCCCUCCGGUUGCGUUGCGGGGUUAG